AUGGAGGAAGAAUCUCGUUCAACUGGUUCAGGCACGGCGGGAGCAGCGUCACUGGAUGGGAUGACGCGGUCAAACGCAUCGGCGGUUCGCUGCUGGAUGCGAUAUAUCAGAUCGGCUCCUGAGCAACUUGAAAAGACCCCGGAGCAGGCAUCCGCUCUCGUCGCAGUCUGUCCUGUACCGGCCGAAAGCUUCUUUAAAAGCAUCUGCGGGGAGACGUCGACAGUACGGGACGGCAAGGAGCCAGGCGGUGCGGAGAUGCAAGGAGGCCUGGGCAAACUGGAAGAUGAUCGCUUCUUUUCUCCUCGCAAGGUGCCCUUCUACGAUACAGUGGUCUCGGGACUGCUGGGUUGA